UUAACGAUCUUCGGCCGAGGUUUUACUUUGGCGCCGAAUAUUCUAACAGUGUGUUGCCUGCGCAGCGCGGGACUUUGUGUGUCUGUCUGAGUGACAGUGUGUGUGUUUGUGUGUUUGUGUGUUUCACUGUGACUCUUGGUUUCCAGCUGAAGAUCGACGACAACAUGCAGCGGAGCAUCGCAUCCUUCUUUCAGCCCAAGAGCAAAGACAAGGAUGUUCAGAAGAAGUCCACGGAUCCACCAGUGAAGAAACCUGUCAAGAGCCCUCUCAAGGUGCAGAACGGCGCGCCAGACGCUGAUUCCCCCAUCAAGAAGGUUGCCAAGCGCAGCCGUCAAAUCCUGGACAGCGACGAGGACGAGGCGCCCGUCGUUAAAGAGCGAGUUGCCGUCAAGGGACAAGGAGACAAAGAAUCCUCCGAUAAAACAGAAAAGAAGGACGAUGUGUUCAAGGCAGUCCCCACCCCUCUGUCUCCACCCCCAGCCCCAGCCACCCCUGUAACACCAGCCACUCCAGCAACCCCGGCCUCGUCAGCUUCACCGGGGACCCCCGGCACACCGAACUCCACCUCUCCGUCUGGGAUUGUUAAACGUAAGACAGCGAGAAAGAUGUUCCCCAAGAGGAAGCUCGACGAGAGCAAGAGCGGCAGCGAGAGUCAGAAAGACGAGGCCGAGGCAGAGGAGGAGCGGGGUCAGCUAAAUAAACGACCCCGCAUGGAGCCCGUCGCCAACAGUGCAGGGGACGCCGGUGACCCCAUGGAGGAGGGAGCAAAGGAAGAAGACGUUGAAAAGGCAGUGACCGCGACUAACAGCCAGGAUGAAGAGGUGGAGAACAAGAAGAAAGAGGACGGAGAGAAGGCCAAAGAGGAGAGGCGAGCGGACAGAGAGAGCUGCGGUGAGAGAGAAAAGAAAGCUGAGGGGGCGGAAAAGAAAAAUGAAGCAAAGGAGGAGACCGAUGAUGAGAAAGGUUCUGCCACUGCCAAGAAGGAGGUGGUUGAAAAGGACACGCGAGAGGGAGAAGAGAGCCCAAAAAGUCAAACAGCAAAAGAGCAGAAAGAUAAGGAGCCGGCCAAGAAAGCUCCCAUCAGCAGUUUCUUUGCUCCCAGGAAAGUUGCAGUGAAGACGGAGAAAGCAGAGAAGAAUGAAGGAGAGAAAAAGACGAGUGCAGAGAGGAAGAGCUCAGCCGAGGAGAGUAAAGACACAAAGAGUGAGUCAACUUCGGGACAAAGCGACUACGAUCCGUCCAGGCCCAAAUAUCAUCCUGUGGACCACGCCUGUUGGAAGCAGGGCCAGAGAGUGCCGUACUUGGCUGUGGCUCGCACCUUUGAGAAGAUUGAAGAGGACUCUGGCAGGCUGAGAAACAUCGAGACACUGUCAAACCUGCUCCGCUCUGUGCUGCUGCUCUCUCCAGGUAAAUGGUGUUUUAUCUCUCCCAUAAUGCAUGCUGAUGUAGCUACACGGGCAGCUGGCUGCCAGCCACUCUAUCAAGGAGACGAUGAUGAAGCCAGGUCGCACAUAAAAGCCAUGAAUAAGAAAAUCGACAUCAUCAAAGGCCUCUUUGUGGCAUGCCGCUUCGCCGAGGCCCGCUACAUAGUCAGGUCCCUGGCUGGGAAGCUGAGGAUAGGCCUGGCUGAGCAGAGUGUCCUAUCAGCACUCAGUCUGGCUGUGUGCUUGACCCCACCUGGACAAGAUUUCCCUCCCGCUGUGAUCGAUGCCGGGAAGGGGAUGAGCACUGAGAGCAGGCGGGCCUGGAUCGAAGAGAAGAGUCUCAUUCUCAAACAGACUUAUUGUGAGAUGCCCAAUUACGACAUCCUCAUCCCCGUUCUCCUGAAAGAGGGCAUAGACCAGCUACCCAAUCACUGCAAGCUCACUCCAGGUGUACCGCUGAGGCCCAUGUUGGCUCACCCCACAAAGGGCGUUGGCGAGGUGCUGAAGAGGUUUGACGAGGCGGCGUUCACCUGCGAGUACAAGUACGACGGCGAGCGUGCACAGAUUCACAUUCUGGAGAGCGGCGAGGUGCGGAUUUUCAGCCGCAACCAGGAAGACAACACCAGCAAAUACCCUGAUAUCAUCUCUCGCAUUCCCAAGGUGAAGAAGGACUCUGUGGUGUCCUGCGUCCUGGACUCGGAGGCUGUCGCCUGGGACCGUGAAAAGAAGCUGAUCCAGCCCUUCCAGGUCCUCACCACCCGUAAAAGAAAGGACGUGGACGCCUCGGAGAUCAAAGUGCAAGUGUGUGUGUACGCCUUUGACAUCCUCUAUCUCAACGGCGAGUCCCUGGUGCGACAGCCGUUGUGUCGGCGUCGGGCUCUGCUGAAAGAAAGCUUCUCAGAGGUGGAGGGAGAAUUUGUGUUCGCCCGAUCCAUCGACUCCGACAACACCGACACCAUCGCGGAGUUCCUGGAGCAGUCUGUUCGAGAUUCCUGUGAGGGCCUGAUGGUGAAGACUCUGGAGAAGGAUGCCACCUAUGAAAUUGCCAAGCGCUCUCACAACUGGCUCAAGCUGAAGAAGGACUACCUGGAGGGGGUCGGUGACACAAUGGACCUGUGUGUGAUUGGUGCCUACCUGGGGAAAGGCAAGAGGACGGGCACCUACGGGGGCUUCCUGCUGGCGUGCUACGACGAGGAGAACGAGGAGUUCCAGUCUAUCUGCAAGAUCGGCACAGGUUUCAAGGAUGAAGAUCUGGAGCAACAUUACAAGUUCUUAAAGGACCACAUUCUGCCCAAACCUCGUGCCUACUACCGCUUCGACCAAUCAGCGGAGCCCGACGUGUGGCUCGACGCCGUGCAGGUCUGGGAGGUGAAGUGCGCCGACCUGUCGCUGUCGCCCGUCUACAAGGCCGCCAUGGGACUGGUGGAUCCGGUGAAGGGCAUUUCUCUGCGGUUCCCUCGCUUCCUUCACAUCAGAGACGACAAAAAACCAGAGGACGCCACAUCUGGAGCUCAGGUACGUCACUUCACCUGCACUGAGACGAGUCGGAGAUCGUUUCAAUUCCAGUUUUGCUCAUUAAUUCACUUUUAACUCACCUUUUGAUUCCAUUCAUGUCAGAAAAACGGUUCA